UUCAAUUCCAUAAGAUUGCCGACACCAAUUUCUUGGUCCCCAAUCCUUCUAAUUGCAGUUGAGUGGUAUGAAAUUGACACACCAAAUGGAUCUUUUCUAAAGUGAGAAGUUAAGCUGGUCAAACUUAAAUAGGAAUCGACAAAGAGCCCUAUAAAUCCACUAGCACUUGGAUCUCCUUUUUUCUCAAAAGAUUUUAUCGAUCCAGCAGUUUGUAGCAAAAGAAAAUGGAAUGCUCCAUUUCUAAAACCUUACUUCUUUCUUGUGUAUUAUUGUCUCUCUAUUCUGUAAUCAGAUUCGCUUAUAUGAUUUGGUUUGGGCCAAAAAGACUAGAGAAGCAAUUAAGGAAGCAAGGUAUUAGAGGCAACUCUUACAAGCUUUUUAAUGGUGACGGGGAAGCAAUUACAAAGUCUUCCAUGAGAGCCUUGUCCAAGCCUAUAGCUCUAAAUGAUCAAAUUAAUCCACGUGUACUUCCAUUCUUUCAUGAAAUGGUGAAAAAUUAUGGGAAGGUCUCUUUGAGUUGGUUUGGAACGAGACCAAGGUUAAUACUAGCGGACCCAGAAAUGAUCAGGUGGGUGUUAACCGACAAGAACGGUCACUUUGUAAAACCACCAUUGAACCCUCUUGUCAAUCUUUUACAACUUGGCGUCUCAACCUUAGAAGGUGAUAAAUGGGCCAAACGCAGAAAAUUGAUGACACCUGCUUUCCACUAUGAGAAACUCAAGGAUAUCCUGAUGAUUAACUGCUAUAAACAGUGUAUGGUUCCACAAUUUGCAACCAGUUGUUCUGACCUGAUCAAUCGGUGGAAGAAAUUAGUGAGCCCUAAAGGGUUAUGUGAAAUAGAUGUUGCAACAGAAUUUGAUGCUCUUGCUGGUGAUGUUAUUGCUCGAACUGCCUUUGGGAGUAGCUACCAAGAAGGAAAGAGAAUUUUUGAACUUCAAAAAGAACAAGUGAGUUUGGUCCUUGAAGCUUACAGGUCCAUCUACAUUCCUGGUUUAAGAUUCAUACCCACUAAAAAGAACAAGAGGAGAUAUGAUAUAGACGAUGAGAUUAAAGCAACAUUAAGGGACAUGAUCCGUAGGAAAGAGCAGGCCAUGCAAAUUGAUAGCCCCAGCAAUGUUGACUUGCUAAGCUUGCUAAUACGAUGCAAACGAGAAGCUGCCAGUGAUAUGACAAAUGAAGAUAUAAUAGAGGAAUGCAAAUUGUUGUAUUUUGCUGGUCAAGAGACUACAGCAAAUUGGCUCACAUGGACAUUGAUUGUUUUAUCUAGGAAUCCAAACUGGCAAGUAAAGGCAAGAGAAGAAGUUCUACAAAUUUGUGGCAAGAAAAUACCUGAGAUUGAAGAUCUAAACCGCCUUAAAUCUGUCACGAUGAUAUUAAAUGAGGUCUUCAGGUUAUAUCCACCUGUAGCUGCUCUAUAUCGACACACUCUCAAAGAAACCAACAUAAAAGGAAUGUCAAUUCCUGCUGGAGUAGAGCUUUACUUGCCAACAAUAUUUGUUCAUCAUGAUCCUGAUUACUGGGGAGAUAAUGUGGAAGAAUUCAGACCAGAAAGAUUUGCUGAAGGGGUUUCAAAGGCAUCAAAGGAUCAAAUGGCUUUCUAUCCAUUUGGCUGGGGACCUAGAAUUUGUCUAGGCCAAAAUUUUGCCAAUAUAGAAGCAAAGAUGGCUCUGGCUAUGAUUCUUCAAAAUUUCUGGUUUGAGCUUUCACCUUCGUACACUCAUGCUCCUUAUGUUAACAUCACUCUUAGACCACAACACGGUGCUCCUGUUAUCCUACAUCAAAUAUAAUAUAAUGAAUAAUAUGAGCUAGUUAAUUAUUGUACAAUGAGGAUAAGUUGCUGGUUGCAGAGUAAUGCUGAUUCUCUUUGAGUGUUCAGUAACCAAUUUAUACUAUAUUAAGAUGAGUAUUUGAUCUCUUUCUUUA